AUGAGGGGAAGGCCAAAUCCCCAUCCAGGUCCACGCCUUUCAACAGUGUAUACAGUUUGUUUAGCUUGUGCUUCCUGCAUAAAAUCUCAUUGUAACCAUCGAAUAGGAAGGAAAGAUCCUCGGUGUGCAAGGCUGUUUGUUAUACCAACACCUGAGACGACUACUGAGGGGAAAGUAGUGGUAAAACUACUUCUUAUUCUUUCUCUACCAGAGAUUUCAUCUUCUCUCCUAUUUCCUAUGAAGGACAAUCAGCUUGACGAUGCUCUGGAUAACGACCUUGAAGGAAUGGAGAAAAUGCCGCAGGUGAUCCGCACAUCACAAUCUGGUAUCUGCCAGGAAAAGCUUUCUACCAAGAAGAAAGUUAGUGAACGGUCGCAGGCUACUGAAUGGCUGCUUUAUGUUAAAAGUACAAAUGCUUUACAUCUGCCAUCCCAGUUCGCCUCCUCUUCUUCCUCUUCUUCCUCCUCUUGUUCUGCUUUGCCUAUCCCGCCCCCUCCUACUGAAAAAGCCUGUCACCAAUCUCCCCCCCCAGAUAGAGUAUUCACAAAAGAUGGGAAGUAUGCAGGACCCUUUGCAUGUAGAGCACAGUCUUCCAGCGGUGUGAAAAGUGUUAAGGAUGUCUGUGCUGCUGCUGCCUUUGCUGAGCCAGUGGCAUGGAUUGUUCAUCAGGAAGAGUCAAUAGAGCCUGCUGUCAACACCAUGUGUCUCUACGCAUUUUUAAAGGUUUUGCCUUCUUGA